AGGCAGAAAGGGCUGGUGCACCUCAUUCCAAUUCAAUCUGCGCACGACUCCUCGACACCUGUCACCCUCUCAUUCGCCGCUCAAUUCCCAGCGUACAUACAAUCCACACAGAAAACUGUAUCUAUCUACAAUCCCCAAAAACCUUCCUUGCCUAGAGUUAAUACAUACAUCAUACAUAUAUAUAUAGAUAGAUACAGUGUAUACACACACAUACAUUACAUACUUUGUACUGUAACAUCCACAGUACUGAAAACCCUACAGAAUACAGAGAGACGCGCCCGCACAAAACACGCAGUGGGUGGUGAGAGAGAAAGACUGAUGAGAUUAUUAUUGGGUCCAUUAAUGUCCUCUCCCUCCCUCCACAUGAAUUCAAGAAAACCUCUGUUUCUCUCAAAGGACACGAUCCGCCUCUGCCGCCUCCUCAUAAAACCCUCACUUUCUCUCUCCUCGCCCACUUUCUCUCUCUAACCAUCGCUGGAUAGGGGAGAUAGUACACAGCCGGAACAGAUGGAGGAUCAAUACGGGUUGCCCGAUCUCCGGCGCUACGUCGCCGCCGCGCCAAAUUUCCUGCCGCCUCCGGCGGCGGACCUGUUCGCCGGCGGCCGAGGACUGGGCCAGCCACACCCGUACGGCGUGCUUGCGGCCGCGCCCGGAGGAGCGAGUGGGGCUGUCGGCGUCGGCGGUGGGUUUUACGGAGGUUUCGAUGGCGGGCUCGGCGGAGGCGGCGAUGGCGGCGCCGGGCGGUGGCCGAGGCAGGAGACGCUGACGCUGUUGGAGGUAAGGUCGAGGUUGGAUGGCAAGUUUAAGGAGGCAAACCAGAAAGGCCCCUUGUGGGAUGAGGUUUCAAGGAUAAUGUCUGAAGAGCAUGGCUACCAAAGAAGUGGCAAAAAAUGCAGAGAAAAAUUCGAAAACCUUUACAAAUACUACAAAAAGACAAAAGAAAGCAAAGCCGGCCGACAAGACGGUAAGCACUACAGAUUUUUCCGGCAACUCGAAGCCCUUUACGGCGAAAACAACAACAACAACAACUCUUCAGCUUCAGUCUCGGAAGCCCAUCAUCAUAAUACUCAUCAACCUUUUCACUACAAUUUGCCGAACAAAGAACCCUACCCAAAAUUCUCAGACAACACAAGCCUAAGCCUCUCCAACUACUCCGAACCCGACACGACAUCGACCGACUACACGGACGAAAACGGGCCCAAGAAUCCUAAAUGGGCCGGUAAAACGGGCUGGAAGGCUAAAAUCAAGGACUUCAUAGACCUUCAAAUGAAAGGUCUUAUGGAAAAGCAAGAGUCUUGGAUGGAGCAGAUGAUGAUGACAAUCGAGCGAAAGGAGCAAGAAAGGCUGGUGAGGGAAGAAGAGUGGCGUAAACAGGACGAGGCCCGAAUAGAGAGGGAGCAUCAGUUUUGGGCCGGUGAACGGGCCUGGAUUGAGGCCCGUGAUGCGGCGUUAAUGGAGGCUUUGCAAAAGCUCACGGGGAAGGAGUUUAUGGCAGCAGCAGAGAAUGUGAGUUUAGGUGUGAGAGGGGAAAUGUGGCCGGAAAACGGGUUUUGGGAAGAAAUGGGUGGUGGGAAUAAUAAUAAUAGUUGUGUGGUGAAGAGUGGGAAAAGGAAGAAAGAGGAGUCGAAAAGUUACGAUUUUUACGGUGGUGGUGAAGGGGUUUAUAGUGAAAAUGCUGAUCAUCAACAAGCGGUCGAGCCUGUUAUGAGGCUGAACAACGAUCAAAGCAAUUCGUCCCCGAGUAAUAAUAAUAAUAAUAAUAAUAAUAAUAAUAAUAAUAAUAAUAAUAUGAGUGAGAGCUGUUUUAGGUACUCCAUGGGAGAUGGUUAUGGAAGGAUUAUGGACUGA